AUGUCAUCCUCCCGCUCAGAAGUCCUGCGCUUCGCAUCACAUCGCCACCUGCGCCAACGGCUGCUGCUGGCGAUCCUCAGCGGCAAAUCCAUCCGAGUAGAUGGGAUACGCUCUGAGGAUGUCCACGUCGGACUCCGCGAGUAUGAGAUAAAUCUGCUUCGACUACUCGAAAAGGUUACCAAUGGGUCCACUAUCGAGAUCUCCAUCACAGGAACGUCCUUCCUGUUCCACCCAGGAGUACUCCCCGGCGGAUCGUUUCAGCAUGCGUGCCACGUCGGCCGGUCCAUCGGGUACUAUCUCGAAAUCUUGAUUCCUCUUGCGCCCUUCUGCAAGAAGCCGUUGGAUGUGAUGUUGAGCGGAAUAACGGGCGAGGAGGGGAGAGACAUGACAGUGGAUAUGAUCCGAACGGUAACGCUGCCGCAUCUGCAUCUGUUUGGAAUCACGGAUGGACUGGAACUUCAGAUUAAAAAGAGAGGCGCAGCACCACUCGGUGGCGGUCAGGUCAUUUUCAAAUGCCCAAUCGUGCGCCAACUCAACACGCUGCAAUUCCUGGAGAGAGGAAAGAUCAAGAAGAUUCGGGGCAUAGCCUACUCCACUCGAGUCUCUCCACAAUUCGCCAAUCGAAUGGUCGAGUCGGCCCGUUCGAUCCUUAAUCGCUACAUACCAGAUAUCUACCUCUUCACGGACGUGUAUAAAGGAGACGACUCGGGAAAAUCCCCGGGGUACGGAUUGACGCUGGUAGCCCAAUCAUCCACGUCGGCCGUCCACUCUGCCGAAUGCCUGUCAGUGGCGCCGAGCUCCAAAGCGCCGGUAGUACAGACUCCCGAGGACAUUGCUCUGCAUGCCGCUAGGUGCCUGCUAGAGGAGAUCGGUCGGGGCGGGUGCGUCGACUCGAGGCAUCAGUGGCUGGUGCUGCUUCUGAUGGUUCUGGGAAAGGAGGACGUUGGGAAGUGCAGUAUGGGAUCCUUGACAGCUCAUAGUGUGCAAUUUCUGCGUGACCUAGUCAUGUUCUUUGGAACGAGGUUCAAGAUCGCCUCAUCUGGAGAGGAGAGUGGAGAGGUCGUGGUGAGCUGCGUAGGAAUAGGGUAUAGUAACGUCAAUAAGUCAGUAGCAUAG